ACCUAACCUAACCCCCUCUUCUCCACCUUACUAGAACCAACUCAUUAACUGCCUACUGGAAAGCUCUCCCUGCAAAAUAUGGCCGGCGGAGAGGACAACCUGGUCACGGCGGCAUUCCUUCUCGACCUUGUCCGUCAGAUUUGCUCUGUGGGGAUAUCCGUUGCCGGCGACAAGAAUAAAAAGGACAGCGUUUUUAGAAAGGAUUGCAUGGAUCUGGUGCGCAGGGUCUCACUGUUGACACAUUUUCUCGAAGAGAUAAAUGGACAACUAGGGAAACUGGAUGCAUUGGGUUCUUCUUCCUCUUCGUCAAAGGAAAUGAAUUGGUGGUCUGAUCUGGUCGCUGCUCUCCAGUCUGCUCACAAUCUCCUAUCGCUUGCCGGGUCUUUUCAAUCCACUAAUAAUUCUGAUGGAACUGGCAAGAACAUUGUCACCCUUUUUCAUGGCGUGACAUGGAAACUGGAGAAUUCUUUGGCUAAUGUACCAUACGAUCAAUUUGACAUAUCAGAGGAAGUGCAGGAGCAGGUUGCAUUGGUGAGAGCUCAGUUGCGAAGAGCCACGGAAAGGUAUGGGUCUGUGAAUUCAAGGGAGGUGUCUCUUCCCUUUUCCCAGCAGAUUGACAAAGAUGUCGAUCAGGCACAAAAGGGCACCAGGUUAACGAGAAGUUGUCAUGUUGAGAAUAGUGGCAGUGUCAAUCAUAAAGUUGCAGAAAACAUUGAGACUUCUGUUUCAGGAAGCAAUGGCUCAACAGACCGCACUGCAGAUCUGGUGGCCAGUGAAUCGAAUGCUGUUGAUUUGGCCAAGAAAUAUUCUUUGCCUAACAAGAGCACUAAAGACUUAAAGAAGCCCGACACACUUAAAAUCCCUCAUGAUUUUCUGUGCCCCAUAUCAUUGGAACUAAUGAGGGAUCCUGUUAUUGUAGCUACAGGACAGACAUAUGAAAGGUCUUACAUACAGAGAUGGAUAGAUACUGACAACUCAACAUGUCCAAAAACUCAGCAGAAGCUUGAACAUUUGACACUGACCCCAAAUUAUGUCCUAAGAAGUCUAAUAACUCAGUGGUGUACAGAGCACAAGGUUGAGCAACCAACAGGGUUAGCAAAUGGAAGGAUAAAAAAGAGUGAUGGAUCUUUCCGUGACGUUAGUGGGGACAUGGCAGCCAUCCAGGCAACUGUCCGCAGGCUCUCAAGCCGGUCCAUUGAGGAGCGUAGAGCUGCUGUCUCUGAAAUCCGAUCAUUGUCUAAAAGAAGCACAGAUAACAGGAUACUAUUAGCAGGAGCAGGAGCUAUUCCUGUUCUUGUCAGUCUUUUAAUAUCUGAAGAUACAUCAAUACAAGAAAACACUGUUACUUCCAUCCUUAACCUUUCUAUAUAUGAAGAUAACAAGGGACUGAUAAUGCUUGCUGGUGCGGUUCCUUCAAUCGUCCAAGUUCUCAGAACUGGGAGUGUGGAAGCAAGAGAGAAUGCUGCGGCAACCCUUUUCAGCUUGUCACUUGCAGAUGAGAACAAAAUAAUAAUUGGUGCAUCAGGAGCAAUACCAGCUUUGGUAGAAUUGCUCGAAAAUGGAAGCACAAGAGGAAAGAAAGAUGCUGCAACGGCCUUGUUCAAUCUUUGCAUUUAUCAGGGGAACAAGGGAAGGGCCGUCAGGGCAGGGAUCAUUACAGCCUUAUUAAACAUGCUUACAGACUCCAGAAACCGUAUGAUUGAUGAGGCUCUGACCAUUCUUUCAGUUCUAGCUAGCAACCAAGAAGCAAAGGUUGCUAUAGUAAAAGCCAGCACCCUACCUGUUCUGAUAGAUUUGUUGAGAACGGGAGGGCCGCGCAACAAAGAGAGUGCAGCAGCCAUUUUGCUCUCCUUGUGCAAGAGAGAUUCCGAGAAUCUUGCAUGUGUAAGUAGACUGGGUGCUGUCAUACCUUUGACAGAGCUCGCUAAAGGUGGCACGGAGAGGGCUAAACGAAAGGCUACAUCGAUGUUGGAACAUCUUCGAAGGCUACAACAGCACUGACGAGGUAGUUGUAAGGAGAGGCAUUUUUUCAUAAUCUUCAAUUUUUUUUCGUAAUUCUGUUCCCCCAAUUAUUUGGCAAUGACCGCCGCUCAUUGUGUGAAAACUGAGAAUACGAGCGUGAGAUACAAAGUCAUUCUCAUUGCUCUGUGUAUUGUUUUCUUUUUUUUACGCGUGCAAAAACAAAUACCGUAAUAUUCUUUGUUAUGGAAAUUCUCUCGACAUUGCCUUCC